AUGUCAGCAGAAAAUUCCUCAUCAAAAGCCUCACUCUUCUUGGAUUCUCCUAGGAAGUGGAAUCUAUGGUACAACAUGAUACUAGGUCUUGCCACUGAGCUCCAAGUACUGGAUCUUAUUAAUGAGGAAAGUCUCAAUAGAAUGAGUGAAAUACCUGAACCUGUUUCCCCAGAGUUCCCUAUUGAGUACACCAUGGAAGCAAGGGUUAAAUGGGAGAUGGAGAACAGCAGAUACAACAAUGAUAGAAAUAUCUAUAAGGAAAAACUUGCAGAUGUUAGUAAGAUCAGACAAGAGAUCUUCAGAACAAUGGCAUUUAAAGAGGUUAUCAUCUAG